AUGUCGUCGAUUGCGAGUAGUGUAUCGGAAAACACGAUCAAACUCGAUUAUCUUGGCUCGCCCGUAUCUCAUAAUGUUCGACCAUAUUCAACAAUACAUAGUGAUAUUGAUACGAAAUCUGUUGGUUCAAAAUCAGUUGGUUCACGUACUUCAAAAUUAACUUAUAGUGAAUAUCCACAAGUAAGACCAACUAAUCCACUUUAUUCGAGUACAUUUACAAUUCGAACAUUUUCAUCGGGUAUUUCAAAUGCAUCAAGCACAGCAACAGUUGUUGAACGUCGAAAAAAAUUUGAUCCACAAUUACCAAAACGUCCGAAUGAUUGGCGUUGGUUUGCUGUUCUUUGUAUUUUUCUUUUUCCACCAACAGGUAAAAUGCAAAUUUUGAAUAAAUUGAUACCAAAUGGUUUUAUUUUUUAUUAUUGUUUAGGUAUCAUGGCAUUUUGUUUAGCUCGUAAAGCACAAAUUAAAUGUAAAGAUGGUUUUCUUGAUGAAUCACGUAAAUUAAAUAAACGUGCACUAGCUUUGUGCAUUAUAAGUGUGAUUUGUGGCGUUGCUCUUAUACUUGGUUUCUUCUAUGCAAUGGAUUCGUGGCCACGCUCAAAUGGUUAG